AUGUUGAAGUGUCGUCGAGAAAGACAAGAGGAGGACCUGUGGAACAAAUGCGGAAAGAUGAAAAAUCGGAAGAAACUGUGGAGAAAAGAAUGUUUCGGAAAAAGCAAGCAGCAAAGGGUAACAAUUCAGCUUAUUAUUUCAGUCAUAUUAGCACUAUUCAGAUAUCAUUUCUCUCUCUCUCUCUCUCUAACAAGAAGGAUACAGAACCCGAAGAAGGGGCAACAAUGAAGAUGAGUUCACCAGACCGAGGAUCGAAAACGACUUCUGAAGGUUCUUUUCAACCACAGGUGUGUUAAAAACAAACACCAGUUCAGUCAAUUUUUAAUUUCUGCAAUAUUUCAGUUCAAUAAAGCAACGAUUGAUGUUUGA